UCUAGUUACAGCACAACACUGACUAAACUCUCUGAAAGUGCUGGUUAUUAACACCCUACAGGCACUCGAGCCCUUGCUUGUACCCCACUCUGCUCACACGCUGACUGGGCUGCUGGUCUGACGUUAACCUGCUGUGGCUGCUGGAUCUCCUGAAGAAGUUAUGGGGCCCGUUUGAGUGUCCGACAUUAGAUCUGAGCUGGAAACAGAUCCAGAUGGUUUGGGAAAUGUCUGCGGGUCAGUCACGCACGGUUGUCCACAUCGGGGAUGGGAGAACAUUUUCAAGGACAAGAUUUUGCUCUAUGCUAAACACCUACAAUUGCUUUCUGAAAGACAUGUCUCAACUGCAGCUAAACAUCCAUGAGAACAGCACAGGGCAGGUGACACUGGAGGGAUUUCUGGUGGUCUCCUGGGGAAUAAAGAGACCGAUCCGACUCAAAAUCCAGGAUGAGAAACAUUCCGACAGCUCCAAGCCACCAGGUUUUUCUCCAGACCCCAUCAGCCCACUCGGAAACAAGAGGGGAAUGACCCGCUGGGGAGAAUUUGACAACCUUCAUCACAUUGAUGAACUGGAAGAAAUCCUUAAAGAUGGUGCAGAGACUCUGGAAAGCUGUGCUGCAGACUACAGUGAGUUUGACAGCAGGACGCUCAGAGCCCCACGCCCCAAAGCCAUUAUAGAAGAGAGUUCCAGCCUGUUUCGCACGAGGAGCGAUGCCUCUCUGGUGGCAAAGAGAGUACAAAACAAGACAACGGAGGAGAGACAGAGGGACAGACAGCAUCGCUUCUCCAUUAACGGCCAUUUCUAUAAUUACAAGACUUCAAUCUUUACACCAUCAUACGGAGCAACCACAAACGUCCGCAUCAACAGCAGAAUGAGAACGCAUGAGGUCAUCAGUCAACUUUUACACAAAUUUAAGGUAGAAAAUGAUCCGAGUGAAUUUGCGCUAUAUUGCAUUCAUCAAAGUGGAGAAAGACGAAAGCUGAGCAGCUCAGACCUUCCUCUGUGGGAGCGUUUUCUUCAGGGACCCUCAGAGAGCAUUGCGAAAUUUUUCCUCAUGGACACAGAUGAAGAAGAGGUUAGCAUGGAUGUGGCACAGUACGUCAAUUUAGAGCUACCCAUUCUGCAGCGAGUGCUGCUAAAGCUACAAGAGGAGGAGAGCCAAGAGAUACAGCGCAUCAUUUCUAAGUAUAGGCAGCAGCACAUUUUCCUCUCACACUGCUUGAACUCAAAGCUGACGUCAAAGACAGAGACGACUGUGUAAAAGACUGAAGUACUUUGUUGCAGACAGGUCUGUCCUCAGUUCGGUGACCUGAAACUAUGACUGUUUUAUACUGUAGCAUUGAAUAGAAGAAUGUAAUUCUGCAUUGUUGUGGUUUUGUGGCUGUGCUAUUGUAAUUUAAAUACUGUAAAACUCUGAAUAUAAUUUUGUUCCUUUAACUUC